AUGGCUGCUGCACAAUCCUCUGAAAUUCAUCUUGUUACAGCCAAUGUUGGAGAGACAGUGACUUUGCACUGCUUCUAUAAAGGCAACCUGGCACUGUACUUUAUGUGGUACAAGCAAACAUUGGGUGACAAUCCCCAAAUCUUAUCAGUAUUUUACAAGUAUAACAAGAAUGCAACAUUUUACCAUGAGUUUAAGAGUAACCCUCGCUUCUCAGUGCAAAGCGGUGAAGGAAUGAAUCACCUAAAGAUCUCAGACGUUCAGCUCUCUGAUUCAGCCACAUAUUACUGUGGGAACUCUUAUGCCAACCAGGUGAUGUUUGAAGAAGGAGCCAUUCUGAUUGUGAAAGGAUCAGGGUCCAGAAACAUGUCUGUGCUCCAGCAGCCUGUGUCUGAGUCAGUCCAGCCAGGAGACUCUGUGACUCUCAACUGUACAAUACACACUGAGACCUGUGCAGGAGAACACAGUGUCUAUUGGUUCAGACAUGGCUCAGGAGAAUCCCGUCCAGGAAUCAUUUACACCCAUGGAGACAGGCAUGAUCAGUGUGAGAAGAGCUCUGAUGCUGGGUCUCUUAUGGCAAGAAGGUGGAGUUUGGAGAAGGAGCCAAUAUAA